AUUCUCUAGCUGCCAUAUUGGAAUUCUUAUGGGAGAAUAUUACUAUUACUACACGUCGAUAAAUUAAGAAUUGAGAAUAUAUCAUUUAAAUCCUAAUAAAAUUAAUUGACUGAAACCUGAAAGUAUUAUAAUAAUACAAUUACCGUGUUGAAAGUAAAAUCCCAACUUAGAAAAAUUUUGCCAAUCUACAACAGUUCUGACACAAUGGGUUUAACAAUUUCUAGUUUGCUGACACGUCUUUUCGGAAAGAAGCAAAUGCGUAUAUUGAUGGUUGGUUUAGAUGCUGCUGGUAAAACCACCAUUCUUUAUAAAUUAAAACUCGGGGAGAUUGUCACGACCAUUCCAACUAUUGGUUUCAAUGUGGAGACCGUCGAAUAUAAAAAUAUAUGUUUCACGGUGUGGGACGUCGGUGGUCAAGACAAAAUCAGACCACUAUGGCGCCAUUACUUCCAAAACACGCAAGGUCUAAUAUUUGUGGUGGACUCAAAUGAUCGCGACCGAAUAAAUGAAGCUGAAAAAGAACUACAGAAUAUGUUGCAAGAAGAUGAACUUCGUGAUGCUGUACUGCUUGUAUUCGCUAAUAAACAGGAUUUACCAAAUGCUAUGAGUGCUGCUGAAUUGACCGACAAAUUGAGACUUAAUCAACUUCGAAAUCGUCAUUGGUAUAUUCAAGCAGCGUGUGCUACUCAGGGCAAUGGGCUCUAUGAAGGUCUUGACUGGUUAUCUGCGGAAUUAGCUAAAAAAUGAUAAACAAGUGUCCUAAGAUGUUUUUUAUUUAUUAAAUAUUACGUGAUUUCAACUUAUAAGGGUAUAAAGCGAAAA